AUGUCUGCAAAGCAACCAAGGCAGGUGAAGGGUUUUACAGUUAUUAAAGUACCGAUUCAUGGAGAUGACACACAAACUGCUUCCACCCUUGCCAGCACCAUUCAUGGUCAACCACUUGUGAUACAGUGGAUGAAACGACCCCAGUCAUUACCCGGAUGUCCACCAGGCCUGGAAUACCUCACCAACGUGGAUAGUCUCGUUGUCAAACAGCAGAUGGAGAAUCUAGAAGUUUUCACAGGUUGGGAGGCUGCUAACAAAUACAAAAUUCUAAAUAGCCAAGGACAACAAGUAUAUUUUGCAGCGGAGGAGUCUGGCAUGUGUGAGCGUCAAUGCUGUGGGUCGAACCGUGGAUUUUCUCUCCAUAUCACAGACAAUACUGGGCAGGAGAUCAUUAAGUGUGUUCGGGAUUUUAAGUGCUGUGUCGGAUUCUGCUGGCUGGCUAACUUUGACGCUUGGGCCCAUGAGAUAGCAGUCGAGGCCCCAGUGGGGACCGUUGUUGGAUAUGUCCGUCAGGAGCGUAGUUUUUGGACUCCACAUUACAGCAUCAGAGACGCCAAUCGGGACUUGGUGUUCAAUAUUAAAGGGCCUUGUUGCGUGAUGAAUGGCUGUUGUUGGGACCAGGAGUUCGUUGUGUGGUCUAAAGACUGGACGGAAGAAGUUGGAAAGAUAAAUAAGAAGUGGGGCGGCUUUACGAAAGAACUCUAUACAGAUGUGGAUAAUUUUGGAAUAAAUUUUCCGAUGGAUUUGGAUGUGAAGUUGAAAGCAGUCAUGCUGGGAGCCGUGUUCCUCAUAGAUUUUAUAUUUUUUGAACAGAAACAGAACUUACAUCAUUGAUGUCUCCAUUCCAUCAGAACCUUCAGCAGUGGAGAAAGAUUU